GGUCCUCGCACGACGCUCGGCGCCAGUCCCCCCGGGCAGUCACAGAAGAAGUGAAUACGAGUGAAAUUAAGUGAAAUUUUCUCUGAAAACGAACCGUUAAGGACGUUCGGGUCCUCUAUCGUCCAGCUAUGAAUCUAGAACUGCUCGAAUCGUUUGGGCAGAACUACCCAGAGGAGGCAGAUGGCACUCUGGACUGUAUCAGUAUGGCCCUCACCUGCACCUUCAACCGCUGGGGAACCCUGCUGGCUGUAGGCUGCAAUGACGGCCGCAUCGUCAUCUGGGACUUUCUCACACGAGGCAUCGCCAAAAUUAUCAGUGCACAUAUUCACCCAGUCUGCUCUUUAUGCUGGAGUCGAGAUGGCCACAAGCUGGUGAGUGCUUCCACAGACAACAUAGUCUCUCAGUGGGAUGUCCUGACUGGAGACUGUGACCAGAGGUUUCGUUUCCCAUCGCCAAUCCUGAAACUCCAGUAUCACCCCAGAGACAUGGACAAGGUGCUCGUGUGUCCUAUGAAGUCAGCUCCAGUCUUGCUGACUCUGUCAGACUCUAAACAUGUUGUUCUACCUGUGGAUGACGACUCAGAUUUGAAUGUGGUGGCAGCCUUCGACAGGCGAGGGGAAUACAUAUACACCGGCAACGCCAAGGGAAAGAUCCUUGUGUUGAAGACAAACACACAGGAGCUGGUUGCUUCUUUUAGGGUUACAACUGGCACCAGCAACACCACAGCCAUCAAAUCUAUUGAAUUUGCACGUAAGGGAAGUUGCUUCCUCAUAAACACAGCAGACAGAAUCAUCAGGGUUUAUGACGGCAGGGAGAUACUGACCUGCGGCAGAGACGGUGAACCUGAACCCAUGCAGAAACUACAGGACUUGGUUAACAGGACUCCAUGGAAACGCUGCUGUUUCUCUGGAGAUGGUGAGUACAUCGUUGCAGGCUCAGCUCGGCAGCAUGCUCUCUACAUCUGGGAAAAGAGCAUCGGCAACCUGGUGAAGAUCUUGCAUGGGACCAGAGGAGAGUUGCUGCUGGAUGUCGCUUGGCAUCCUGUCCGUCCAAUUAUCGCCUCCAUCUCCAGUGGAGUGGUGUCCAUCUGGGCUCAGAACCAAGUGGAAAACUGGAGCGCUUUUGCCCCAGACUUUAAAGAGCUGGAUGAAAAUGUGGAGUAUGAGGAAAGAGAGUCUGAAUUCGACAUCGAGGAUGAAGAUAAGAGUGAACCUGAGCAGACAGGUGCAGACGCUGCAGAGGAUGAGGAGGUGGACGUCACCACUGUGGAUCCCAUUGUGGCAUUUUGCAGCAGUGAUGAGGAGCUAGAGGACUAUAAGGCCCUGCUGUACCUCCCCAUUGCUCCUGAAGUGGAAGAUCCAGAGGAAAACCCCUUUGGCCCUCCACCAGAUGCCUCAGUUCAGACUGCUACCCCAGAGGAUGCGCUGGCUGGAGGAGACAAAAAGCAGCGACAGCCUUCAUCAGAGGGUGGACCGGCCAAGAAGAAAGCUCGCACUACCACUGUCGAACUCCCGGGGGUGCCCAGUGAUGAGGUGCACCCUCUGCUGGGCGUGAAGGGCGAUGGAAAGUCCAAGAAGAAGACAGCAGGCCGGCCCAAAGGCUCCAAAGGUAAAGACAAAGACUUCCCCUUCAGGCCCAAGCCCUACAGGGGCGAACGGUCCUCCUUCCCCAUGGAGGCCCUGGGCAGCUCUGGCCCACUAGGAGGAGGAGGAGGAGGAGGAGGGAUGAAGGGGAGAGCAGAGGGGGGCCUGGCCACAGGGAGUCUGGUCUCACAGUCGUACAAACAACAUGACAUUGGAGGGAUGGACUGAUGGCUGCUGCUGCUGUGUACAGUUGUGAAGAAGCACCAGCAGACUCAAAUAAAGAGACGCAAAGCCUGAUGUCGUGUACAAACUGUGUGAGUGAUCAGUCUGUUUGAUGUGCAGACUGAUUUUCCUCUUCAAGCCAGAGCACAGCAUCACAGGAAAACUCCUCAGCCUGGAUCACUGACGGAAGCCGACAAAGAGAAUAUGAAGCUACAGAGUGGUCCCAGUAGAGAUCAUGUCCUCUGUCUCUGUAGGAUUCAAACUGUAUAGAUUUGCCUGGGCCCUGAUAGUGUGCGUGUUUUGUCUUUCUUGUUUUUAUACGUAUUAAAACAUUUUUGAUUUAUAUAUAACUAGCAUCCAUGUGGUUCUGAACUCAUUU